GACUGUUUUUGUUGUUUUUUUUUUUAUUCUGUGGUCUAGGUGGUUAAAAAGUAGGGUUAUAUAUUGAAGAUUGUGACCUGUCAAGCAUACUUUAACUUAAUUUGUUUUUAAAAUGGGGUCUCUUACAAAUGAGGAUAAGAAAUUAUUCGAAAAUUCUAUCAGUUACCUACAUAAUAUUUCUGGUCUAAACUGUAAUCCGGCAGCUACUCCAGCUUUAAAAUGUCUGCAUUUGACAAAAGCAAGAUUGAUGGAAUUACGAAGACAUAUACGUGUACCCAGUAGGACAACUACUGCAACUAAUUGCGUCAGAUGUUUCCUGAGUAUAGAUGAUGGUCCUGCAAGCUUUAGAAUUAAGGCUGAAGAAAAGAAGAGUAGAUUUGCUAGAAGAAUAUUGUCAAAAAAGCAGAAAGAUAAGCCAAUGACUAAAUUCCAAAGGAAAUAUUUGAAACGAUUGCGUCAAUUUAAUGGAAAUCAACUGGUGGUUUCUUGUAAAUUUUGCAAGAAGGAAUAUUUUGUUAAUAUGGAUAAGCCGAAGAACCUAAUUCAUACUAAACGCAUCAAAACGUCUCAAAGAAAGAAGAAUAAAAAGAAAGACAUAUUUUGUGGUCUUAAUGAAGACGUAGUUCUGUCACUCACACCGGAGUAUGUCGAAGAUCUCGAUACAUCAGAUUUUAUUCCUCUAGAAGGGAAUAGGAAAUUGUCAAGAAUUAAAUUGAGUAAAAAGAGAAAACUUCAAGAACCUAUUGAAGAAGUUGUAACUAAAGAAAGUAUUAGACAGAAUCAAAAUAAAGUUAAAGCAAAGAAUAAACUUAAGGAAUUCUUGAAUACUUCUGGUUCAAGUAAGUCGAGCCCUUCAGCUAAUUUGAAACAUUUUUUGAAAAGCUUGUAAAAAUAACCGGAUAAAAGACAAUAAAAAGGCUGUUCAGUAGA